AUGCAGACACCUCUAUCUCAGGCUACAUUCCUCUACCUGGUCCCAGCCUCAAAUCAAACCAUCGCUGAACCAUACCAUGCCCUCCCUCCUCUCCUCCUCCCUCCUCUCCUCCUCUCCUCCUCCCUCCUCCCUCCUCUCCUCUUCCCUCCUCUCCCCACAUCCUUUAUUCACAGCCGCGUAAUUGUUCGUCACUUUGAGCUCCCCCUCUGCCUUUUGUGGGCACAUUUUGCUCUGACACAGUGUGGAAGAUUAAUGGCCGUGAUCCGCCAGGGGAGGCUCGGCCCAGCGAGCGCCACGGCCCUAAAUUCAUUACACCAAUUUCCCCCUGUCCUGCUCUCCCCCAGUCACAGGCAGCGGAGAGGAGGGGGGGGGGGGGGCUACAGGGCUGUGACGGGGGGGGGUCACAUGAGGCCUGCUGGGACGGAGGCCUGA